CUAGCGAGAACCGUUACAUUCGAAGAACCUAACAUUGAGGAUAGAUUUUCCAUGAUCAACCAAAAUCCCAUCGUAGCACUUAGAGCUUCGUUCAAGUUAGGGAUGGGUUCAGUCAGGUCAUGA